AUCUAGCUGUAUUCUGGCCAAAAAAAGGUUAGAGGUAAAGAUUAUGAAAGUAAAGUGACAACCUGGUCCUAGAUGACUAUUUAAAAUAUUUCAUCGGUUGCCAAGUACAAGAAUGUUUUCUACAAGCUCCCAGCUCAAACACUGGCUUUUCAGUGGAGAAACAGAACUUUCUACAUGCAGGACAAAAGCAAAUGCAGCAUAUAUUGAGAGCAGACGAGGAAAUAUGACAGAUGAGGCAGUCGCAGCCUACUUUUUAUCACCAGCUGAGGAGAAAAUUUUAAGCCGGCAGUAUGAAGUUGUUUUACGCAGAUUUUGUUCUGAAUUUCAGCCACCCAUGCCCAAAUGUGUCAUUGGAACUUCACUGGCAUUUUUUAAAAGAUUUUAUGUACACAAUUCCAAUAUGGAUUUCCACCCUAAAGACAUAAUGUUAACUUGUGUCUACCUGGCUUGCAAGGUUGAAGAGUUUUAUGUUCCUAUUGGUCAGUUUGUGAGGAAUCUCAGAGGUGACAGAGAAAAAUUUGCUGAUGCCAUUCUUAGUUUUGAACUCACUCUGAUGGCUAAAUUGAACUACCAUUUAACCGUCCACAACCCAUUUAGACCUUUGGAAGGAUUUUUUAUAGAUAUUAAGACAAGAUUCAAAGAAGCUCAAAAUUUUGAAAGAAUAAGAAAAUCUGCUGAAGAAUUUAUAGAGCGGAGUUUACAGUCAGAUGCUUGUCUCAUAUUUUCACCUUCACAGAUAGCUCUUACUGCCAUUAGAUUUGGUGCAGCUAAAGAAGGAAUACCCAUUGACAAAUACAUUAAAGAGAUACUUUUAAAAUCAGCGAGUGAGAAGGAAGCUGAGAACACAAUGUAUCAAUUACGGCGGGUCAAAUUCAUUGUUAAAAAUACUGAACAAGUGCCGAGAGAGCAGGGUCAAGCUGUACAGAAAAAACUAGACCAGUGUCGCAAUCAAGAAAAUAAUCCAGAUAGUGAUGUAUAUAAGCAGCGUAUGUUGGAAAAACUGGAUGAAGAGGAGGAUAUGAGGGUGAGAAAGAGAGCAAGGUUAACAGAGGAGGAUUCUUUGUUUUUCUCUUUCUAAUACAAGGACAAGUGAAGAUUUGGCUUUGGUCUAUCUCAGGAACUACCUUAUGGAUCUGAUCUGGGACAAUACCAGAUUUUUGUCAGUAGCAUGUCAGUACUGUCAAGUGGAUCUAAAUGUUGAUACUCAUGCACCUCAGUGGCUAGCUAGAUGCCGGCGGCUUUUGUUAUGAUGUUAGUGUAAAUAAAAUAGACAAUCUUCACUGACUUGUCUUCAAUGAACA